AUGUUGGCAUUCAACCUUCUCUUUAACUUGUGUCUUUUCAAUUUCGCAGAAUCUUGUCUGAAAAUCAGAUAUCCAGGACCACCAAAAUGUGAAUGCCCAAGUCUUCUUCUGACUUUGUUAACAUACAAAGAAUACGACGUUUCUGGUGUGGUCCUCAGUGGGGUCAGAGUGAUGGCUCCUCCACAAUUUGUUCUUGAAAACUGCACAGUGUCAAUGUACUGUGUUGAUGACCUUGAACUUGUGGUUUUUGACACGGAUAGAACUCAUCAGUUUCUAAAUCGUCCUGCCGAUGGUAUUUGUGAUCCAUACACUCAGAAGUGGCUUAUUGGAGAUAAAGAUGGUACUUUGAUCACAGUGAAUCGUCUGUAUGGUACUUGUUGGAAGUUACUCAAUCCUCCAGUUACUCAAGUGCCUGUAACUCCAAAGCCUGCCUGUAGUAAUUGUGAACUGGCAGAUUUCGAAGAGCAGGAUAUGCAUGGAAUCAAUUUUGGUUACUUGUAUCCCUAUAUCUAUACGGAAGAUGGAUGUAUUAGUAUGGACAUGAUUUGCCGGAGAACUGAUGAUCUGGAAUGCCAUGAUGUAGAAAUAUAUGCUCAAAAUUAUGACGGAAUCUUUCCAAUUGCAUCUCAUAAAAAUGCUACUUUUGCAUCAGUCCGUUUAGUUUGUGACUCUAGAGGAUUCCGUUUACACUACAACAGCAUUAUGGAAAUAGGGAAGCUUACGUGCAUGUUCACUGAUUGCUCGUGA